AUGCGUCUUAUUCACCAGGUGCUUUUUCUUCUCGUUUUUCUCGCUUAUGUCGAUUCAAAAGCAAAGUUAGAUCUUCAAAAUCAAGGAGAAGUGGAAGAAGAAGACGAUGAUACUGAUAAUGACGAUGGGCCACAGGGAAAAGAUGUUUAUUCGUUUUUAGCUAGCAGAAUGAAUCAAGAUCUUGGAUUGAAAAAAAGAAAGAAGGCGAAUAUUUAUAAAAUCCCUGGACCACAAGAGCCUCUACCCGGCCGCUCUCACGAUGGUGACUACUGGCCAGUUUUCCCAUUUCAAAAUCAGUUUUCGGGAGCUCACCCCACACUUCCGAUGGGUAAAUUUGGAAAGCAGUACAUGCCGAUGUCUUGUAAACCACCAUUAUGUAAUCCAUAUCACAUGAAUUUCAUGCUUGGAAUCGAGCACGAAUGGGGAGGGUCGGAUGGAAUGGAAGGAGACAUUGACGUGGCCGUUCCGAUGUCGAAAGGAGUUGCCUAUCGGUUCCCGUUCUCUGGAAACUUGUAUUACAACCGCGACAACAUGACAGUUCAUUAUGGGCAGAAUUUGUCACCAAUCGAUCCUUUUGCAAGUUUAUUCGACUAUCAAAAAAAUCGUGAUCCAGCUCUUGCUAAUGCAGUUCCUAGAAGAUGGCCAAGAAGUAUUAGAGAACCUGUUCCAGACAUGCACAAGAAUAUAGGACAGGUAGAUCGAAAUAUAAGAAUGGGUCGUCCAAUUUGUUUUCGAUGCCUGACACCAAUCCUACUUUCUCAAAAUGUUCUUCAUUUAGCUCACCAAUAUGAAGAAAAUUGCUACGAAACUGAAAAAGAGGCAAAAAUGACUUGCUUUGACUCAGCACUUGUAACAAUAUCAGACGGAGCACUUUUGUUUCGCACUUCUGAUGAGCAAGCAGCUAGUUGCAGUCCAAUUGAUGGGCGGUUUGAAGUCUCUUACAGAAUGAAUGACGCUGCUUUGAGCUGUGAAUCUGGAGAAGGAACUACGGUAAGA